GAAACCAAAUAAAUCAUUGAAUUUGUUUGUUUUUAGACCUCAAGAAAUGCAAGCUACCCAGCCGAUCAACCAAACCUUUACAGAGAAAGAAAAAGUCCAAAUUUUAUAAAAAUAAAGGUAGACAAUCAAAAUGUAAAACCAGAAAAGAGCAGAAAAGAGGGAAACAUAAAAUGCAUUUUAGUAAUCACCAUCAAGAUGCAAUGAAAUCAGUCAGAAUGUCAUCAAGUCCUAUACUUGAGGUACAAGCAGUUCCUCAUCAUAGAUCUUGGAAAGAAGCAUCAGAUAACUCUCAAGAGAACUCCAGAACAAAUCAAAAUUCUAGUACCAAAUCCUUCAGGCUCAGUUCGUCACAGACUUCUUUGAGUUUGGAGGUUCUUCAGAAAGCCUCUACCAUAUACAGUAAUUUAAAGAAUUCCCAACAGAUAGAGAAGGAGAGUGAGAAAUUAAGGAGGGUAUACCUGUCAGAAAAACAAUCUGGAGUUAUCAAAGACUGUGGCAUAAUGCUCCCUUGUGCACCUCCAUGCUCACCAACAGUCGACCAGUUAAAGAUUGUGGAAUAUGUUCCAUCGAUGAAUGAUAUAAGGGUAAGCACAAGAUAUCUUAGACAAAUCUUUAAUAGUUUAUUGUCUUUAAAAUGUAACACAUGUCUAGACAUUGUAAAGUGACAUCAUAUUUAAAAA